AUGUCGUCACAGGAAGACAUCGAUCAACUAGCUCAAAAGUUUGGUAUCAAGAAUGUAGAACUAAUCAAGACGGGUGCUUUCAUUGGAGGCCAAUGGCAUCAUUUUAAUGACGAAACGUUUUCUGUUGAAGAUCCAGCCACCAAUAAUCACCUACUAAAGGUUUCUAAUACUCCUAUCACAGUCGUGGAACAGGCCAUUCGUGACGCAGAUAUUGCAUUUAGAGAGUUCAAGAAAACGACAGGCAGGCAAAGAAGUUCGUUACUCCGAAGACUUUACGAUUUGAUGAUUGAGAAUGGUGAAGAUCUCGCCAAAAUAUGUACCAUAGAAAAUGGAAAACCCUAUGCUGAUUCCUUGGGGGAGCUUAAAUAUGCCGCAUCCUUUUUCGAGUGGUUCUCGGAGGAAGCUCCAAGAAUAUACGGUGAUAAUAUACCUUCUGCAGAUCCCAGCAGACGCAUACUCACCUACAAGCAGCCAAUUGGGCCGGUUGGUAUUUUAACACCAUGGAAUUUUCCAAUUGCUAUGAUUACAAGAAAACUAGGAGCAGCUUUCGCUGCAGGAUGCACAGCUGUUAUCAAACCGGCCACCGAAACUCCGCUUUCAGCGUUGGCCAUAGCAGUUCUCAUCGAGAAAGCCGGUUUCCCUAAAGGAGUUGUGAGCAUCAUCCCAGUCGAUCAAAAUAGGACCAAGAUUGUUGGACAGAUGUUUUGUGAGUCUCCGUUGUUGAAGAAAAUCUCCUUCACGGGUUCUACCGGCGUGGGUAAAAUUCUUAUGAGCCAAUCCUCUUCCACUCUCAAAAAAUUAUCAUUUGAGCUGGGCGGCAAUGCACCAUUUAUCGUGUUCGAUGACGCAGACGUUGACCUUGCUGUGCAGGGCGCCAUCGCUUGCAAAUUGAGACAAUCGGGACAGACCUGUGUUUGUGCUAACAGACUAUACGUCCAAGAGGGAAUUUAUGAGACUUUUGCGAAAAGAUUAGCUGAUGCAGUUGGUCAACUCAAGCUUGGCCAUGGUUUGGAAGCAGGAACUACACAUGGGCCUUUGAUUCACCAAAGAGCUGUUUCAAAGGUCAGGUCACAUAUCGAAGACGCCGUUAGCAAGGGAGCCAAGAUCGUUACUGGAGGAAAUGUCGAAGAAUCCUUAGGAGAUAACUUUCAUCAACUUACCGUUUUGGUCGAUGUUCCCUUAAAUGCGCUGGUGACGAAGGAGGAAACUUUUGGACCGCUAGUUCCAUUAAUCAAAUUCAGUACUGAGGAGGAGGUCAUUAACCUUGCUAACAAUACUGAAUAUGGUCUUGCUAGUUAUUUCUUCUCGAAGGACUACGCUAAAGUGUUUAGAGUUGGAGAACAGCUCAACAGUGGUAUGGUCGGUGCCAAUACUGGAGCCAUGACGGAAGCUGCUCUUCCAUUCGGCGGUAUUGGCUGGUCAGGAUUUGGAAGGGAAGGUUCCAAGUAUGGAGUGGAUGAUUACAUUAUUCUGAAAUCAGUUGUUAUUGGUAAUAUCUAA